GUUGUGUUAUCGAAGAAAAUGUUUGAGUAAUUCGCCAGCACCUAAAAAUUCUUGCAUCGAAGGACUACACUAUCUUGGAUGUUAGGUACGUGUUAAUCUAGUCCUUGGCCUUUAUUUAUGAUGACGAUCAAUGUUAUUGAUGCAACCUUGUGGAUUCCAUUGAUAUGAGCAAAUAUUUUGUUACAAAGAAUAAAUAUAUCAAAAGAGACAGUUUUACCGUUAUCUGAGUCCCAGGUAUCACUUAACAAUGUGGUUUUGUCGAAUUAUCCUGUUGAAUCAAGCACACCACAAUCAGAAAAAUAGUUGUGCCCCAACCCCUGGAAAAUCAAGCCAAUCAAGCCAAUUUGUUCAAGCCUCGAAUUCCUGCUGCAAUCAUCUUUGUUGUAAUAAAAAAGAGAAAUUAAAUAAUUAUUAAACUUAUAAAAAAAGCAAAAUAUCAAAAAGAAGGAAACCGGAAAAUAAAGGGAACGAGACAGUGAAACGGAAGACUCUUAAAGAAAAUGACUCUCCAUAAUAUGGCGAGGCAUUUUGUACUUUUUAUUGUGUUUAAAAUAGAGAAACUUUAAUAUAAAUGUUGAGUGUUCGGGUCGUGCAAGUGCAAGUGAACUUUGAAUAGUGAAUUUGGUUUUCCUAACAGCCAGCUAGAGAUAUCAGAGAGGUCGAUUCUUCAGAAGGUCCAGUUCACCUCGUGAGGCUCAGAAGACCCCUGGCGCCUGGGGACACACCCCUCACACACGUCGUCGAUCCCGCAAUAUGGAAGUCAAUCCCACUCUACGAGAGAGAGCGCCUGACCUCCACCCCCAAAGGAUUCUGGAUGCUUUACUCGGACUUCCAGCGAGCAUUCAACAGACUUGAGAUGGUGCAUCUUGAUGCGGAGACCAGCAGAGCAGAGCCGUCUUUAGCAGAGAAGCAUAAGUGGCAGAUGAAGAUGCAUCAAGGGGGCUGGAGGCGAGGAGUGUCGGCUGGGGGCUGUCGGAAUUAUGUCCACUUCUUUCAUAUGAACCCGCAAAUCCAACUGAUCCUGAACGAGCCAGACACCGUCGUCAUCUCCCUGAACCAGCACAGCAUCAUGGAGCCAAAGGUUAUCGGUUUCAGCAUCUACAAGAUGCCCAAAUUCCUGACGGAGACCGCUUCGCCCCUAUUUUUCAAGAAGAUCAAAAGCGCUAUCAACUCCCAGUACACUAACAGUCGUCAAGUCAGUCACAGAUGCCAACUGGAAGUAGGAGCAUAUCUGGUGAUGCCGACGACUUUCGAGCCGCGGGAAGAGGCCAAUUUCUCUCUCAGGGUGUUCUCCAACAAGACUUUGAAGAUGAAGGUCCUGGAUUACGCACCGCAGAUGCUCAAGGCAGCACUGAUCAAGGCACCUCCUGGCGUAGAGACGAGCAGUUUUGCACAAUACGAGGCGGUAUUCUUGCAGCUAGCCGAUGAGCACAGAACGAUAGACGCUUUUGAGUUACAGGAACUGCUCGACGCGUGUCUACCAAAUGACUACAUCAAGAGCUGCGCUUCAAUCGACACGUGCAGGCAAAUUGUGCUGUCGAUGGAUAAAAACGGCACAGGCCGCAUCUCCCUAUCCGACUUCAAGGACCUGAUGUGCAGUUUAAAGCACUGGCAGUUAGUAUUCAAGACGCAUGCGCGGGAAAAAAUGGGCGUGCUGCGUGCUGAGAGGCUGCGCGACGCGCUCAGAGAAGUCGGGUUCGUCGUGCCUGAGCGUGCUAUGGCACUCCUCGUUCUUCGGUAUAUGAGGAAGGAUGGCAUGCUCAGAUUCGGAGACUUCGUGUCAGCGGUCAUGCACUUGCACCGGGCAUUCAGUAAGUUAUCAUUAUUUAAUACAUAGCUGAAUACACGUAGCUACUAUCCCAGGAAGUCAGUCUGGGCACCAGAGGAAGGAGUGUCCCGCCAAAGAACCCCACUGCCUACUUUGUGCAGCGGUAGGAAAGGCAGCGGACCACAUGCUGGGGACGAAAGAUUGCCCUCAGCCACUGCAGAUGCCUAAGCCGGCGCUAUCCAGGCCCGGCCGAACGGCUAGCCUCAUGGAGGUGGACGCGGGGGCGUCCGCUUCCUAACACUGAGGCCCGAAGUGCGCGCGGAGUCCCCGCGCGCUUUGGAGAGAGGACGCCACUGAAGGGGUCUAUAGAGCGAGGCUGCGGCUGCUGCGUGGGGGCACGCAUGCGAACGAUUCUUCGACUCGUAUACUGCCCCACUAAGCGCGACCAGAGGGACCCGACUUGUUUAUAGUGGGUAGGCCUUACCCUUCAGGCGAGGAGAGCCCCACAUAACUCAUUGGCUCCCCCGGGCUGGUGAGUAUGCAGUUUCAUGCAUUUUCCAGUCGAAAAAAAAAAAAGGAAUUACAUACCAAGUUACAGUUGGGGUGCUAUGUAGAGCCGUUUAUCUUUUGUACUGCAGAGGGACUUUAACACGCACAAUAUUUAAUGCCCAUGGAUACGAUAAAAUUCAUACAAAAGAGUCGUCGCUAAACGUGGUAAAUAGCUGGCAACCCUGUAAAAUCUAAUAAACGCACGGCGCUGCACAUGUCCUCAAUUUUAAAAAUACGGUAGGCCGACAUUUCGUACGUGCCUGGAUAAUACCUAUCACCCAGGGCGUCGGUCCAUUUCGUGUUUUAAUAGAUUAAGCCGUUAUCCACCCGUUACUUCUACAGCCUAGUUAUUAAUAUUAUUGCGACGUGCAAAUGAAUGAUUUGACCAGCACCCCCCACGCUGGCAUCUUACUUGAAUAUUAUUAUGCCAAGAUUAUCAAACUCAAUUAGAUAUCUCAUUCCAGUGAUAACUACGAUUAUUUUAGAACGCCUCCCUUCAAGUUGUAUGACUAUUUAUGUACCUAUUAGCCUUUGAGCUUUGCCGAAAUUCAUCAUCCCCAUUUCCAAUAAUUGAAACGCACACAAACUGUCUGGGAUUGCACAGCGUCGAUUCACCUGGGGUGUUCCAGGGAGUUCCCCUUUCCUUCCCGAUCUGCAUGCACUGUGUUGGUCUGUCUAUCUAUCUAUGUUUGAUGGACGCCAACAAAGCCUCUGAAAUUCGACGCGUAGUUUCAUUUGGUAUUACAGAGGGGGACGCUAAUUAAUUUGAUUUAGGGACUGGGCGUCUGGCCGU